UGCUUGUGAAGAGCCUAAACAUGUUUAUUGGUUUCACGACUUCUUUGGUUGGGCUGGAUGUGGAUAUGCCCACCCAUUUUGAAAUUCAAACUCGCAAUUUAAAAGCCCCAAAUAAACGGUAAUAAUCUCUCUCAUUCUACCUUUCAAAACUCUUUCCCUCUCUCCCUUCUCUCCAAACCCUAUAACAGCUAUUGCUUCAUCUCUCAACUAUCACACGAAUACUUCCUCUCUCUGAUCUGCAAAGAUGACAGCUGCUGCGCCGCCGCUAGGAGCCGGCAGGGAGCUCUCGAACCCGCCGACGGACGGAAUAUCGAACCUCCGUUUCUCAAACCACAGCGAUCACCUCCUCGUCUCCUCCUGGGAUAAGAGUGUGAGAUUAUAUGACGCGAGCGCCAAUGUCCUGCGGGGAGAGUUCUUGCACGGUGGGCCAGUCCUUGACUGCUGCUUCCAUGAUGAUUCUUCAGGGUUCAGUGCUAGCUCCGACAAUACUGUCAGAAGACUUGUUUUCAACCAUGGAAAGGAGGAUAUAUUGGGAAAGCACAAUGCACCUGUUCGCUGUGUUGAGUACUCCUACGCCACAGGGCAAGUGAUCACUGGCAGUUGGGACAAAACGUUGAAGUGUUGGGAUCCCAGGGGUGCAAGUGGACAAGAGCGUACUCUUGUUGGGACAUAUCCACAACCUGAGCGUGUUUACUCUAUGUCUCUUGUUGGACACCGCCUAGUGGUGGCAACUGCAGGAAGACAUGUAAAUGUUUAUGAUUUGAGAAACAUGUCUCAGCCAGAGCAACGGAGGGAAUCUUCAUUAAAGUAUCAAACAAGAUGUGUCCGCUGUUAUCCCAACGGUACAGGAUAUGCUCUUAGUUCAGUUGAAGGCCGUGUGGCAAUGGAGUUUUUUGAUCUUUCUGAGCCAACUCAAAGCAAAAAAUAUGCAUUCAAAUGUCAUCGAAAAUCAGAGGCUGGAAGAGACAUUGUUUAUCCAGUAAAUGCAAUUGCUUUUCACCCUGUCUAUGGUACAUUUGCAACUGGCGGUUGUGAUGGUUUUGUUAAUGUGUGGGAUGGAAACAACAAAAAGAGACUGUAUCAGUACUCUAAGUAUCCGACAAGCAUUGCAGCCUUAUCCUUUAGCAAAGAUGGUCGUCUCUUGGCUGUGGCAUCGAGCUACACAUUUGAAGAGGGAGAAAAACCCCAUGAACCAGAUGCUAUCUUUGUUCGGAGUGUGAACGAAAUUGAAGUAAAGCCAAAACCAAAAGUUUAUCCCAAUCCUCCUGCAUGAAUGUACUUGAGAGAUCUAGGUUUGUCUAGUCUUUCGGACCUGUAAUACUUUAUAUAUCACUCUGUGGAGCUUCAUUUCUAUUCAAUGAAGCGAAUUGGAGGCUAAAAGUAUGAAUCUGAUGUUAGAUCU